GCUGGCACCAAGAGAGAAGAAGCCCAAUGCUGAAACUUUACCCCCCUAAGAUGGGAGCAAAACAUUUUCUCAUUUUCAUUUUUGCAGCAGGGUCUGUACAAGGUGCCAAGGAAUCUCUAGAAAUUAUUCCUAUAAAUGGGAAUGUGGAAUUGAACAAAGAGACAUAUUUUUUGUGCAAAGUGAGAGGAGGAGGAGAAGCCACUUUGACUUGGAUUAAUCCAGAACAGAAUGAAAUUGAGGAGAAUUCAAAACCUUACUGGGUGAAGCCGAUUGAUGAAUUGUCCAAGGGGCUGGUGAUGACCCUCUCUCGCCCAGACCAGGGUGGGAUCUUCAAGUGCCAUGGAGCAUUUGACUCUGGAAAAACUGCUACUGAUCAAAUUGUAAUCCACGUGAUCCAGAAGCCUACGUUUGAGAACACAAUGGAUCUUGUGAAGGAAGUUCAUGAGGGCCAAAAUGUAGAAUUCAGCUGCCUGGCCAAAGGGAUCCCACCACCAACUAUUAGAUGGAUCUUUGGAAACCAGGACAUCAGAAAUACUGGGGAGAGGCAAAUCUAUUUUGAAAAUGGGACACUGCUGAUACAGAACGCCCGGUUAUCAGAUGCUGGUGUUUACAUUUGCGUGGCAGCCAUUAAAGAACGGGAUGAAGUAGCUUUUGCAAACUUCACACUCAACAUUAAAU